AUGAUUCUCUGGCUUCCAAUUCUAUUAUUCAUUGAUCAUCUAACUGGAGAUUUCAUUCCUAAUAAGAAUGAUUAUGAUGCAUAUGGUUCAAAGACAGCAUUCAACGAUCAUUUUCUUGUUCAAGUUCAAAAUGAUAAAAAUCCAUCGACAUUUCUCCUUCAUUUUGCACCUUACGAAAAUAUCGAAGAAUCGUUAGAAUGCUUCAUUUAUUUUCCAAAUCUGACAAAUCAUUACGUUCACAGCGUUGGUGUCGGUAGAAGGCAAACACAGACUGAAAGACAUUUUUUCUUUGUUGGCGAAUCAGUUAACGAUCAAGUUGGUGCGUUUAUUGGUCUGGUCAAGUAUAAUGGUACAGAAAAAGAAUCAUUACCAUGCAGCUUGAAUCUGUCGUAUCAUCUACAAUAUUUGCACAGUUCCCAUUAUCAGAAACAUUACAUACUUGGUGUUGAUCCACGAGGUCUUAUCGCGUAUGGAUUUUCGAAUGAGUUUGUGUUGAUAUUUGAAGCCCAGAGCACUGAUACGUUGGAAUCAUGGAAUGGUAAUUUAACAUGGCCAGACGCUUCAUUUGUUCCUCAUGCAGUUGAUAUUAGCGAGAAGUUUGGAGUAAUCGCUGGAUUCAUUUAUCGUGCUAACAGCACAAACCAACAGUAUGAUCCGGUGAUUUAUUUGAUUAACUUUAAUUCAUCUGGUCAUCCGAUAGUUGUUGAUGAAUAUAAACCAGUAGCAACACCCGGCACUUGGCAAGCUUUGUUGACUAAUUCAGAUGCGAAUACAUAUUCAGCUAAAUAUGAUAUGUCUGCUAGUAUUAAUGAAAACGGCGAUGUCCUCGUCGGAAUGCAAUUCAUCAAUCGAGUGUUUUUAUUUGCCGUGAAUAUCACCAAUCCUAUCAAUUUAACGUAUGUAAGUCGAAAUACGAACGGUAGAGCACUUGGAAAUGGAANGCAUUCUCCAAUAUUUUCAUUGAGGAAUAUACAUUUGCCAAAUCCUUUUCAAAAAUCGUUGAAGCCUGAUAAGGCUAUUCCAAGUGUACACUUUAAGAUUCAUCUGGAAUUUAAACGCCAAGUCGUUAGUCGGCCUUCCUCCGGUCGGCCACUCACCGCUAGCCGUUGGUGCCUAAUAAGUGUUUAA